CGUUUCAACAUUUUCAUUUCUGUAAUCUAUACCAUUUCGUCAACGUUCACCAGCCGACAGUUGCUGCAAGCUAGCUGAACGCGAUAGGUUAAUUGGUGUACGCGAUUUGGAAGGAAAAUCAACUUGUUUCGUUGUGAAGGCAUCAUGCUAUUCACCGGAUAUCAACCGCAGACCGGAAGUUGGUCGAUGAAGUGGAUCAAAUUUUUCCUCUUCAUGACCAAUGUGAUGUUCGUUUUUGUCGGGGUACUCGUGAUAUCGACCGGAGCCGCAGUGAAGUCAGUCUACAGCGACUUUACCGCAUUUGUUGAUGAGCAAUUCUAUUCCCCAGCUUGCAUGUUUAUCAUAGUGGGCGUAAUAACGGUUUCAAUAGCCAUGUUUGGUUUCAUCGGAACUAUCAGAGAGAGUUCGCUGCUAAUCAAUAUUUAUUGUGGAUUACUUUCGGUUGUAUUUCUGCUAGAAGUGACGGCAACGCUGGUUGGAGUGCAUCACCGUCAUGAGGUGGAUGGGAUUUUGAAACAAAGCUUGAACAGUUCCCUGCAGAGAUACCCAUGGAAUAGUCAUAUUCAGAAAUCGGUGGAUUUCAUGCAGAUUCAGUUGGAAUGCUGCGGGGUCCAUAACUACCAUGACUGGGAAGAUGUAUUUGCUGUGGUAGAUCUCGAUAAUGGAGAUUUAGUUGCUGAACUACCAGCGUCGUGCUGCCGAGAGUAUCAAGAUGGAGACUGCGUUCCACACGCUAUCGGCUGCUUUCCGAAGAUGUACGCUCUGCUGAGGCAUUGCUCGAAAACAGUAUUCAGCGGACUGUUAUUGGUAGCAGCGGUACAGAUAUUGGCGGCUAUGUUUGCUUUCAUACUCGGAAAACGGAUAAGACUGGUCAAAACGCGGUCGUCGUUGGAUGCUCUCAAAUACACAGCAACCGUCGGAGCUUUCGAUUACCGAAGGCUUGCAGAACUUUCCAUAGAGAAAUCAAAAAGUCCAAAAAUGUAGAAUUACGUUAAAUUAGAUAUUAAAUAUACUAUUCAUUGACUGUAAAUACGCAAUAAUAAAUUUUUCAAAUCACAA